AUGGAGGCUGAAGAGGAGCGCUUUCCUAAACUAAGGCGAAUUCUUCUCUUUAUUUUGCUGGCUCAGACUUGCACGGAGCGGGAACAUUACAGUAUUGCAGAAGAAACAGAGAGUGGUUCUUUUGUGGCCAGUCUAGCAAAGGACUUAGGGCUGGGGGUAAGAGAGCUGUCUUGGAGGAGGGCUCGGGUCGUUUUUAACAAUAACAAAAAACAUUUUCGGCUGAACCUUCAGACCGGAGAUUUACAAGUAAGUGAGAGACUGGAUCGGGAAGAACUGUGUGGCCCCACUGAACCUUGUGUGCUGCAAUUCCAGGUGUUACUGGAAGAACCUUGGGAGGUAUAUAGGUUUAAUCUUUUGAUCAGAGACGUAAAUGACAAUUCCCCUGUGUUCCCAGAAGCAGAAAUGAUUUUGAAAAUCAUGGAAAAUACUCUUCCAGGGACUGUGUUCCCCAUGAAAAAAGCACAAGAUUUUGAUGUCGGCAUCAAUAAUGUUCAAAACUACAGCAUCUACCCCAACUCCCAUUUCCACGUUCUUACUCGCAAUGGCGGUGAGGGCAGAAAAUUCCCGGAACUGGUUCUGGACAAAGCCCUAGAUCCAGAGGUGCAGCCGGAGUACAGAGUAACUCUCAUGGCAGUAGAUGGCGGAGCUCCUCCCAAAACUGGGACUGCCCUCGUCCAUGUCUUGGAUAUCAAUGACAACGCCCCUGAGUUUGCGCAGCCACUCUAUCAUGUGCAGAUUCUGGAAAACAGUCCCCUGGGAUCCCUUAUUGUCACUGUUUCUGCAAGAGAUUUAGACAUGGGAAUAAACGGCGAAGUAUUCUACUCAUUUUUUUAUGGUGCUGAAGAGAUUACUAGGACAUUUGCACUUAAUGAACUAACGGGAGAAAUUAAAAUAAUUGGGAAACUAGAUUUUGAAAAAAUUGUGUCAUAUGAGGUGGAUAUUAAGGUCUCCGAUGGGGCAGGUCUUUCUGGAAAAUGCACUGUCAUAAUACAAGUGGUGGAUGUAAACGACAACACCCCAGAACUAACGGUGGCUUCACUUAUAAGCUCCAUUCCGGGAAAUUCCCCCUAGACCACGGUUUCUCUUUUCAGUAUUCAAGACCCAGACUCUGGGGACAACAGAAGGAUGGUUUGUUCCAUUCAGGAAGAUGUUCCGUUCACUCUGAAACCUUCCGUUGAGAAUUUCUUCAAGCUGGUAACAGAAGAAGACCUGGACAGAGAGAGCAGAGCCGAGUACAACAUCACCAUCACCGUCACUGACACGGGAUCCCCCAAGCUGAAAACCGAGCACAACUUAACCCUGCUGGUCUCCGACGUCAAUGACAACGCCCCCGCCUUCACCCAAACCUCCUACACCCUGCGGGUCCGCGAGAACAACAGCCCCGCCCUGCACAUCGGCAGCGUCAGCGCCACAGACGCAGACGCAGGCGCCAACGCCCAGGUCACCUACUCGCUGCUGCCGCCCCACGACCCGCACCUGCCCCUCGCCUCCCUCGUGUCCAUCAACGCGGACAACGGGCACCUGUUCGCCCUGCGGUCCCUGGACUACGAGGCCCUGCAGGCCUUCGAGUUCGGCGUGGGCGCCACAGACCGAGGCUCGCCGGCGCUGAGCAGCCAGGCGCUGGUGCGCGUGCUGGUGCUGGACGACAACGACAACUCGCCCUUCGUGCUCUACCCGCUGCAGAACGGCUCGGCGCCCUGCACCGAGCUGGUGCCCAGGGCGGCCGAGGCGGGCUACCUGGUGAGCAAGGUGGUGGCGGUGGACGGCGACUCGAGCCAGAACGCCUGGCUGUCGUACCAGCUGCUCAAGGCCACGGAGCCCGGGCUGUUCGGCGUGUGGGCGCACAACGGCGAGGUGCGCACGGCCAGGCCGCCGAGCGAGCGCGACGCGCCCAAGCACAGGCUGCUGGUGCUGGUCAAGGACAACGGCGAGCCGCCGCGCUCGGCCAGCGUCACGCUGCACGUGCUGCUGGUGGACGGCUUCUCGCAGCCCUACCUGCCGCUGCCGGAGGCGGCGGCCGAGCAGGCGCAGGCCGACCCGCUCACCGUCUACUUGGUCAUCGCCCUGGCCGCGGUGUCGUCGCUCUUCCUCUUCUCGGUGCUCGCGUUCAUCGCGGUGCGGCUGUGCGGGAGGAGCAGGGCCGCCUCGCUGGGUCGCUGCUCGGUGCCUGAGGGCCACUUUCCGGGCCACCUGGUGGACGUCAGCGGUACUGGGACCCUGUCCCAGAGCUACCAGUAUGAGGUGUGUCUGAGGGGAGGCUCUGGGACCAGCGAGUUCCAGUUUCUGAAGUCUGUUGCUUCUGACCAUCUGUGAAUGAUGUGGAGGAAAACAAACUUUGUAAACGGUUUUGGAUUCAAUUAGGAAUUUGUUGAUUUUUCAGAGCAUUCAGGAUGAAGGUUAGUUCUUUCUAAAUAUACUAGGUCUCCAUUACCUUUUUGGUUCCUACAGAAUUUCUUGGGUUUUUGCUGAUUUCAUUUUCUUAGUUAAGGAGAUUAGUAAUUUUCUUUGAGUAUAUACUCAUAUUUCCUCAUUUAUAU